CCGAGAGACUUUUUCAGCUUUUUCACGCGUCAACAACAAGUCCACGGGGUCCAACGAUUUCAGAAUUCGUCGGGAUUUCGGGAAAUAUUCCGGAAAAUAAAUUAAAAAUAUAAGCGAUAAAAUGAUUGCGAAAAUAUAUACAAGCAAAGAAUAGAAUUAUAAAUAAUAAUGUGAGACAACGACAACGAAAAUUAUGAGUGUGGUAAAAAAGAAUUAUCAAGGAAAGAAAGAAUAACAAGUAAAAUUCCAAUUGGUGUUUUGUUGGUCGUUCGUCGUAGUGGAAUUUAUUUUCUCGCUCGUGUGUGUGUGUUUGUACGUAUGUGAUUUUUGUUGUUUUGAAAACGUUGACUGCGCUGCAACGUUCAACGUGUACGACUACGACGACGACAUUUUUAGAGAACCACAAAACGAAACGAAGACGCGCGUACGAUAGUGUGUGUGCUUGUGUUAGUAAUUAAUUGAAAAAAGCGUGGUAUAAGAAUAAAAUAAAAAACGACAAAGAAUUAAAAUCGAAAAUAAUACAAAUAAAGAAGUAAGAAGAGAGUAAGCAAGAGUUGGGUAUUUCCAACCCACCCUCUCCACCCACAUUGAUUGAUACAUAUACAGUUUCAUCCUAAAUAACAACAGCAACAAACAAACGUCGCACGGAAUGAGAGGAGGCCCUCUAUAAUAUUUUUUUCUUCAUUGUUGUUGAUAGUCCAUAGUGGAUUUAUUGUUGUUUUUUUUUAAAUAGGAUCAAAACAUGACUUCACCAGAAGAACGAAUACCAACGCAUGAUCUUUCCCGCGAUUCUGGUCCUACAGAAAGAUUGCACAUAACACCGGGUACUUUGGAUUUCAGUCGUGUACAAGCACCAAGUGCAACCGAUUUGGGUAAAGAAAUUUUAGAGUUAAAACAGGAACAAGAACUACAAAAACAAAUGUUAUUUCAUACAUUUCAAGAGAAAACCAAGGAAUUGGAACUACAACACAAAAUCCAGCUGGAGAAUAAAUUCCAUUUUGCGGUGCAUUCACAUGGCGCUUUCCAGGAACUGCAUGAGCGAAGGAUUGUCACGGCUGCAGUGGAGGAGCAACAGCAAAGGGAGCGACGGGAACGAGAAAGGGAGGCUGUGGUCAAACGCAAAGAGAAUAGUGCAAAUGCUAGUCCCGAAGUGAAGCAAAUACUAAAUUGUUUCAUUUUGAAUCGCAAACAAGCGGCAUCAUCACCUAAUGGCAUGCAAACCUCAUCGCCCUAUCGCAACAGAAGUGUUGUUAAAAGCUCUUCAGGCGAAUCUCUACCCGCGGGUGCUGUUACAAGUUCUCAUCCUUACAAAAUUCCCCAACCCCCACCAUCAUCAUUACUGAAAUAUGAAGCAGAUUUUCCCCUACGGAAAACUGCAUCCGAACCAAAUUUACUAAAGAUGCGCCUAAAACAAAGCGUUAUAGAGCGCAAGGCUCGCGUAAGUGGACCAGCUGGCUUAAGGAGACAUGAGCGUCUGUUGCAGGCCGCCCAUAGAAGGCAACAGAAACAGAAUUCAACUUUGACAAAUUGCAAUAGCACACCGGAUUCUGGUCCAAACUCACCUCCAUCCUCAUGUAUGUCGAAUGCAUCAACGGGCAGCAUUGUGGGCCACAGUCGCGGCUCGCCCACAAGUGCUCCCAUUCAAGAAGAGAACGAAGACGGCAGUCAUUAUCAUCCUGGUCAACGAAGCAGCAUCAACGAUUUGUCUCUAUUUAGUUCACCCUCAAUGCCGAAUAUAUCAUUGGGCCGUCCCCAUUUACCAAAUGCCCAUAACUCGGUAGCAGCUAAUUAUGCCAUGUUUGCUGCUCUACGCCAACAUGCGGCUGGUAUGCCUCCAGUGGGGGCUCCAUCCGGCGGCCAUCAGCCACCAACAUAUUAUAAUCCUAUGGGAGUGCCAUUUGGCAGGCCAGCAGCUAUGUCUGGAGCUCCCAAUACCAUGAUUCCGUCACAAACUGUAGCAGCAGCUAAUGCCUCGGCGAAUGCGGUAUCAGCAGCUCCACCCCAAUCGCCGGUGGUUCGUUCAGCUUCGGCCACAUCCACUUCAUCGUCACAGGCUUCAUUGGUUGGUGAUGUUGCUCCGCCCUUGGCUCAUGCCGCCUCUGCUGGCAGUGCCACAGCCCUCAUGCACGUGGCUUCCACAGGUGGCAUACACGCAGUAGCAGCCCAUUCACCACAAUCAUCGUCCAACAGCAUAUAUGGGCAACCCAUUACAGAUGCCCAGGUUGCACAAGCUCAUCUCAAUAAACAGGGUCAUCGACCUUUGGGUCGAACACAAUCGGCCCCCUUGCCAUUGGGCCAUCCAAUGCUGACGGGCAGCAGUCAUCAGAUAAAUAUAGCCCAAACCCAUUAUGAGAAUAGUGAUGCUGAACGACAGGCGUACGAACAACAUAUGCUGCUUACUCAGAAAAUACGACAAACUGUUCUUACCCGCAGUGGCGCGGUACGUGAUACUCAGCAGCAACAGCAUCAACACCAACAACAACUACUCAAAGAAGAAGAUGCCGCCGAAGUAAUGGAUCUCACCGACAAAAAGAAACCUCCAAAAACGGUUCUUACCAGUACCGUGGUAACGAGUACCUCACAAAAUCUCCCAAACGCAACUGCAGCUCCCGCCUACGCUGGUCCACCACCCGUUUGUAUACCAAAUAAACCCAACAAGCUGAUGCGCAACAAAGAGUACCUGGAACAGCAACGUCAGCUGUUGUACAUGCAAUCGCUGCAAAUGGAUGAUUCAGUGGUUCGUGGCAUGAUAAGACCGCUUUCGCGGACGUUAUCCUCCCCUUUGGUCCAUUUGGGUCCACACGGUUUAAGUCAGAUACCCGAUACGGGUCAAGCUACUCACGUGCCGCAUGCCGGCCCCAUUGUGACAUCCUCCUCCGCAGAUCAUAUACCGCCAGUUAAUUUGUCUGUCCAUCCAAUGCAUGGGCGACAUUUAAUAGAUCUUUCGAAUAGAUAUGCGGCUGCAGCCGCCGCUGCCGCUGCCGCAUCCUCAUCACAACAGCACAUUGCAGUCGCAAAUGAACUCUCUCAGUCACCACAAUCCCAAGGAACAAUGCCAGCAGCUGGUAGCGUAAAUAAUUUACCACAGAGUCCGCACAAAAUAACCACGGGGCUAGCUUACGAUAAUCUCAUGCUCAAACACGCCUGUAUUUGUGGCAAUAAUAGUAUACAUCCCGAACACAGCGGUCGCUUACAGAGUGUAUGGGCCCGUUUGAAUGAAACCGAUUUGGCUAAACGUUGUCAUCGUUUAAGAUCUCCCAAAGCCACACUGGAAGAAAUUCAGAGUGUACACACCGAGGCGCAUGCCAUGCUCUUCGGUUCAAAUCAAUGCCAAUUAGCGGCGAAUCGUCAGAAGCUGGAAUCUGCAGCGCCUUCGGCUAGCUUUGUGAGACUUUCAUGUGGAGGUGUUGGUGUCGAUCUGGAUACAACGUGGAAUGAGCACCAUACAGCUCUGGCAGCUCGCAUGGCAGCCGGUUGCGUUUUAGAUUUAGCAAUGAAAACAGCAAAGGGUGAUUUGAAGAAUGGAUUUGCUGUGGUCAGACCACCAGGUCAUCAUGCGGAAGCAAAUCUAGCCAUGGGUUUUUGUUUCUUUAAUUCAAUAGCGAUAGCAGCUAAGAUAGUGCGGCAACGUGUUCCAGAAGUUAAGAAAAUUUUAGUGGUGGAUUGGGAUGUUCACCAUGGAAAUGGCACACAGCAGGCGCUCUAUGGAAAUCCAGAUAUUUUAUAUUUAUCCAUACAUCGUCAUGACGAUGGAAACUUUUUUCCUGGUACUGGUGGACCAACAGAGUGUGGUACGGGCCCUGGUUUAGGCUAUAACGUCAACAUUUCCUGGUCUGGAGCAUUGAACCCACCUUUGGGUGAUGCUGAAUACAUUGCUGCAUUCCGUACGAUUGUGAUGCCCAUAGCACGAUAUUUUAAUCCUGAUCUUGUACUUGUAUCCGCUGGUUUUGAUGCUGCCGCUGGACAUCCAGCUCCCCUGGGAGGCUAUCUUGUAUCACCCGCCUGUUUUGGAUAUAUGACACGCGAGCUUAUGCAACUAGCCAAAGGUAAAGUGGUAUUAGCUCUCGAAGGUGGAUACGAUUUACCAGCCAUUUGUGAUUCGGCACAAGAAUGUGUACGAGCGUUGUUGGGUGAUCCCCUAUCGCCCAUAGCAGAGAGUGAAUUGAAACGUCAGCCGUGUCAGAAUGCUAUAGAUACAUUGCAAAAGACAAUAGCCAUACAGUUGCAACAUUGGCCUUGUGUUAGACGCUUAGCGCAUACAGUGGCCAUGUCUGCUUUGGAGGCAUUGAAAAUCGAGCAUGAUGCAUCGGAUACAGUUAAGGCCAUGGCGGGCUUAUCAAUGCAAUCUUUGAACAAAACACUUUCUUGUGAUGAUUCCGAAGAGCCAAUGGAUCAAGACGAAUCGAAAUAGAUGAAAUGCUGCUAUUGAGCAAAAAAAUUGUUGUUAUUACAUUUGGCAGGCAGUCUUUUUCGUAUUUUAAAAAAAUACUGCCAAAAUUCGGUGCCAGUUUCACCGAGUAAAACAUUUGGAAACUACAAACCUGUAGCCUGUUGCAGGAUGUCAUCGAUUUUUAUUGUUGGGAAAACAUUAAAGCUGACAAAGAUAAUGCGCUUACACACAAAAACUUACAAAAGUUAACUUUUCGAAUUCCUCAAAUUAACGAAAGGAGAAUGAAUGGCACACUGAAGGAAAGAUUUCCACAACACAGCCACUCUGCUGAUGAAGAGUCAAGCACUUUCAUUGUUUUUAUGUUUUUCUUUUACGUAUUGGAACUGCAUAUGAUUUUUAUGCGGCAUUUAUGUGGUUUUUGUAUUGUUGUUAUUAUAUAUAUUUUGAUAUAAACACUCGCACCCAUAUACACAUUAUCUCAUCAAGUCUAAAGUUUGUACAAAACGGCCAGAUAAUGGUACGAAAAUCACAAUUUAGUAGUUGCUCUUACUUUUGUAAAUAUUAACGAAAAAUGCGCAGAGGGCAUCAAAAAGAUUGAAAUGUAAUUUUGAAUCUUAACCUAGAGAUUUGUAUGUAUAUUAUUAUUAUUUUCUAUAUUCUUAUAAAGAUUUUUGUUUGAUUUUUACUUAGUUAAAACAUUGCAAAACUAAACAAUGAAGAUGUAUGUAUGAAUACACUGCCCCUAGCGUACGUACAUACAUGUUGUAUAUAUAUGUAUUGGGUAUGUAAUAAAAGUGGCUGUGCCACUUAACUUUAACCCUUGUUUUUUCUAACUUUUACCAUUUUUAGUUUAAUUAUACGUAUAACGCAUUUAAAUCUAAUUUAAAUGCCUUAAAUUUUAAGUUAAUUUUAUUACUCUAUAUGUUAAUUUUUAGUUUUAGAUUUUAAGUAUGUCAUAUACCACAUUUAGAUCAAUAUGUGUUUUAAACGAAUCUAGGGCCAACGGCUGUACCGCUGGUCGAAGGAAACAAAAUGAUAAAAAAAAUUGCAUCCCUUAGAGGAAAUAAAAAUUCAAAAAAAAAAAAUUUACGUCUACUUGCAAACGUUCAAAAUGAGAUUUUUCUUAGAAUUUUUUGCUUUAAAACUAAUUUAAUUUAAUACUUUUAUUUUCUCAUAAAGGCCACACACAAACAAAAACACGUCCAUUUAACAAAAUCUAUUUUUGAUCAUUUGUGAUUUUUUCAAUCAAUUGCCAAAAGAACUGUUUGUGAAAACGAAAUUAGAAAAUAUUUUGUAAAAGCUAUCAAAACGUCGACAUGAGAUACAAGGCUGAAUAUCAUCAAAUGUUUGUUUAAAUUUGGCCUCCAUUGUGGCAGUCAUGGAGUUUAAAGUGUAUUGACCAAACUCAGGCUCAAAUAAAUCGUUUGGUUAAAUGGAAUCACCUGUAUUUUCUCUCGAUAAAAAAAAUAUUCAAGUAAAAAUUUGCCAGUAAAAAUUUGUAGGAAAGUAAGAAUAGGGGCCAAAUUACCGCAUACGUGAUCGAGUUCGCUUCACAUCGAAUGAAAUUUCAUCUUUCGUAUUUAAGGGAUGUUAUACAACUUUUAUACACAUUUAUAUGUAAAUUUUUUUAUAAAGUAUCGAUUUAAAAUUUUGCGUUCUUAAAUAUCAAAAAUUCUCUUUCAAUAAAGAAAUAUAUCAAUCACAAUAGAGAGAGUUUCGAACGGUUUUACUCAUUCACGUAUGCGGUAAUUCGAUUCCAGCUUUUACUUUUUUAUUGUUAUUUGUUUGAAUAAAACAGCUGGUUUUCAUAAACAUCUGUUCGAUGACGCAAUUUGCUUCCAGUUUGUGCAAACGGUCAAACAUUUUACUGCAAGUCUUUCGCGUACAUUAAGUGUGUUUGUGUACGCAAAAAUUUGUGCAAAUUUGCACAAAUUUUUACUACAAGUCAUUCCCGUACUUUAUUUGCCAGCAGAAGCGAGCGGGAGAGUGCGUGAGAGCAAACAACAUUUUGAGUUUGGUAAUUGAGAGCUUCCAAAUUUCCGCUGGAAGUUUUUCCUCCCAGCAGCAAUUUGCAGCAUCGAACGGAUGUUUUUUGAAACCCAGCUGUUUUAUUCACACAAAUCAUGGACAGUAGCUCCAUGAAAACUUGCCGCUCUAUACAAAUAAUUAACAGGAAAGUGAAGGUUGUUCUAUCUCUCCUCUAUGCGAAAAAUUUAAUAGAACACCAUAGACAAAAUUAUGUUUAAGCUCGCUAGAAUGUGUUGAAAAAUUCUCUAACAUAAAACGAGAACAGUGAAGAUAAGAAACUAUAGCCCAAUUUUAUUUUAGUACUAUAUGGUGAUAUCUCGCCAGUACAAAGAAGUUUUGGAUAAAUUACCAGUGCAGGCUUUUGUAGAACAUGUGGCAGAAAUACGUCUAUUGUGAAUGGCAAAAUAAAAAUUAAACCUAGACCUCGUAUGGUUUUGUCACGUUACCAUGGUUUUUGCGUUUUAAUUUUGUCCUUCACGGCUUGUAUGUCCAGUACUAAAAUAAAAUACAGCAACUAUUCCAACUUUUAGACAUAGUGAGGGCAGUUAGUGAGGCAGUUAAUUAAAACAGUUACUCCGUCAAACGGAUUUUGUUCUCUUAUUUAUCCUAUAUAUGAAUAAUAUUGGUAAACUUUUUUGAAUACACGACACAUUUGAAAUUCAACAACUUUGUGAACCAUAACAGCCCUGUUUUAUGUAAGUACUGUACAGUAAAGUGCGCUGAAAAUUGUAUGGAAAUAAUUGUCCAGUACAACGAAGUUCUUGGAACGAAUUACCGCAUACUUCAUAGAGUGCGCUUUCGUAUCGACUGAAAUUUCAUUUGUUAUUUAAUGGAUGUUAAAAUGCUUUUAUACACAUUUUAAUGUACAAUUUUUUAUGAAUUAUGCACGAUUCAAACAUUUCAAAAAUUCUCAUUCAAUAAAAAAUACGUAAUUCACAA